AUGGAGGACACUAAACAGCAACAACCUCCUCAGCAGAGGAUCAUACUGGACCGCUCAAUUUCCUCGACGUCCACGAUCGUAACGCUCUCACCUCUCUCGGAGAAGGAGAAAGAGUCUUGCAUUGUUGUAGAGACUCAGAUCUCAAGUGUCGACUCAGACGAGGAGCUGGAUGCGCAAGGAACGCCAAAAUCGCGCCAUCCACGAUUGCAAAAGUUGGCGGGUUUUGCAAAGCUAAAGAGCUUGUGGACGCCAUCAAGUACAGAUGAGGAGUCCCAGACGAACUCCAGGCGAUUCAUCAUUACCCGACGGUGGCUGAUCAUCCUCGCGGCUCUGAUCUCCUUUGGCAUCAUCGCAGGACUAACCUAUGUUGCCUUUGUAGCGUCGUUGAUCCGACGGCUCAACCCUCCGCAGCCAUCUAAUGGUCUCCAACGCAUCCUAAAGGACUGGAAGGAGCCCACUGCCGAAGGUGCCUACACGUUCGACUGGAUGGAUGAUUUUAGCCGCGACAUUGUGCCCAAGAACUGCCACUCGCACAAUGACUAUUGGCGCUCCGUUCCUUUGUACGAGGCUCUUGCAGCUGGCUGCUCGAGCGUCGAAGCAGACGUCUGGCUCACAGAAGACAGUGACUUCCUCGUCAGCCAUACCCGGAAGCAGGCCGCGAAAGAACGAACACUGAACAGUCUUUUCCUAGACCCCAUCACCAACAUCUUCAACCAGCGAAAUGUCUCCGUAGCGUCGACUGAAGAUAAGGAAGUGGGAAUGUUCGACGUGGAUCCGAACGUGACCACCACGUUGCUCAUCGACAUGAAGGCCGACGGACAAAAAGCAUUCCCUGUGUUGCUCGAGAAACUACGACCUCUCCACGAGAAGGGCUGGCUCACAUAUUUCGACGGCACCAAAGUUGUGCGUGGCCCCCUGACCAUUGUCGGGUCUGGCAGGACACCGUUCGAUCUCGUUAAAGCCAUGGACAACGACCGCUUUGUAUUCUUCGACGCGCCCUUGAGCGACAUCGCGAACCCGGAGUACACGACCGAGAACUCCUACUACGCCAGCACGAAGCUCUACAAUGCGAUUGGGCGUAUCUGGUUCAAUGUGCUCGCUCCGAACCAGGUCGAGACGUUGAAGACGCAGAUCAAGGCCGCUGCGGACAAAGGCCUUGUCUCCCGUUACUGGGACUUGCCUGCGUGGCCCAUCUCGCUGCGAGACAAGGUAUGGUUUACGCUCACGGCGAACAGUGUCGGCGUGCUGAAUGUCGAUGAUCUUGUCAGCGCAACGCGCUGGAACUGGAACUGGUGCAUUGUCGCGGGCAUUCGACUUUGCGGUAACAGUUAG